GACGCAGACCCACUCGGGUUUGUCAUUGAGGACGGGCCACACAUGCUUCACCCCCCAAAGAUUCAUCACUCUUCAAUUCCAAAGAUUGCUUCUUUCUCUCUCCUCUCCACCGGUAAGUCUUCAACUCUCUAUGCCCUGUUUUACUUCAACUAUUAGCUUCAGUUUCAGAUUGUGUUUUCAGGGAAUUUGGGAGACCCGUUUGGGAAUUUCUUGAGAUAAUUGAUUCUUAUAGUUGGAAAUUUCAUGGAUACUUUGCUCAAGAUUCAUAACAAGCUUGAAUUUCUUCACCCACUUCAUGGGUUUGUAGAAAAGGGCUGUAGUUUGAGCCCUUCAAAGCCACACAAUCAGGAAUUUAGGUUUGGUCCCAAGAAACCUCAUUUGAAAUUGGGUAAGAAUGGUUCUCUGAAGGCCAGAAGUAGUGCCCUUUUGGAGCUUGUUCCUGAGACCAAGAAAGAAAAUCUUGAUUUUGAGCUUCCCUUGUAUGACCCUUCAAAGGGCCUUGUGGUGGACCUAGCGGUGGUUGGAGGCGGCCCCGCAGGGCUGGCAGUUGCGCAACAAGUUUCAGAGGCAGGGCUUUCUGUGUGCUCAAUUGACCCAUCUCCCAAACUGAUAUGGCCCAAUAACUAUGGUGUUUGGGUGGAUGAGUUUGAGGCCAUGGAUUUGCUUGAUUGCCUUGACACUACCUGGUCUGGUGCUGUCGUGUUCGUUGAUGACCACUCAACUAAAAAUCUUGAUAGGCCUUAUGGGAGGGUUAAUAGGAGGCAGUUAAAAUCCAAGAUGAUGCAAAAAUGCAUAUUAAACGGUGUUAAGUUUCAUCAAGCCAAGGUUAUAAAAGUGAUUCACGAGGAAUCAAAAUCUUUGUUGAUUUGCAACGAUGGUGUCACUGUUCAAGCCGCCGUAGUUCUUGAUGCAACUGGCUUUUCUAGGUGCCUUGUUCAGUAUGAUAAGCCCUACAAUCCCGGGUACCAAGUGGCUUAUGGGAUUUUGGCUGAAGUUGAAGAACACCCAUUCGAUGUAAAUAAAAUGGUUUUCAUGGAUUGGAGAGAUUCCCAUCUUAACAACAAUAUGGAACUAAAAGCGAGAAAUAGUAAGAUUCCCACUUUUCUCUAUGCUAUGCCCUUUUCAUCCAAGCAGAUAUUUCUUGAAGAAACUUCCCUUGUUGCUCGGCCUGGCCUACCUAUAGAACAUAUUCAAGAACGAAUGGUGGCUCGGUUAAGGCACUUAGGUAUAAAAGUGAAAAGCAUUGAAGAAGACGAGCGUUGUGUGAUUCCUAUGGGAGGACCUCUUCCAGUGCUCCCUCAACGAGUUGUCGGCAUUGGUGGUACAGCUGGAAUGGUCCACCCUUCAACCGGAUAUAUGGUAGCAAGGACUCUAGCUGCAGCUCCAAUCGUUGCUGAUUCAAUAGUUCGGUACCUUGGUUCUGAAACAAGCCUUUCAGGAAACAAUUUGUCAGCAGAAGUUUGGAGAAAUCUGUGGCCCGUAGAACGGAGACGCCAAAGAGAAUUCUUUUGUUUUGGUAUGGAUAUUCUGCUUAAGCUUGAUUUACAAGGCACGAGAAGGUUUUUUGAUGCUUUCUUUGACCUAGAACCUCGUUAUUGGCAUGGAUUCUUGUCGUCUCGGCUAUUCCUUCCUGAGCUUAUAUUUUUUGGGCUGUCCCUUUUUUCUCAUGCCUCUAAUACUUCUAGGAUAGAGAUAAUGGCAAAGGGCACUCCUCCAUUGCUAAGAAUGAUCAACAACUUAGUACAGGAUAGGGAAUAAGAUCUCUUGGAAUUCUGUUUUGUUGUAUGCUAAAGGUAAUGAUGCUUUUGCCUCUUAACAUUUACUUUUCCUAUACAUGUCAAAUUAAUGGUAUGAGUUGCUGUUGUUCAGUUUUUUUGAAAUCAUAGUUUUCUGGGUAGGCCUUGAAGUAAACCUCUCUGUUACCCAUAAAAGGUAUAUUGAUCAUUAUUAAUUUGUUGUUA